AUGCCUGCUUCUCGCAAGACAACGGCAUCGAGAGGGAUCGCCUCGGGAAAAUUGGUCUGGGAUACAGAACUGAGAUUGGCCCUCCUGCUGCUGAAGGAGGACUUUCGCUACUCCAAUCCCAAGGCAGCACGGGUUUUUGGUCUGCUCUUCAAAGAUCACCUCCGUUCGUGCGGUGUGGCAGACCCUACUCCAGCUUCAAUCGCAAGCCAAUACUAUGAGAAGACCGUUGACUCGGCUCGGAAAAGAUGGGGGCCAGCGCUCCGUGCGUCUCCUGAACAGCGCCAGGCGAUGAAAGCACGGAUUGAUGCUGUGAUCGACGACUCCGUGGUUCUUGGUGCUACGCAAGACCACAUCCGGUCAUUUUUAUACCAGCCUAAUGCAUCUGGCGUCAGUCGGGUGACCAAGAGGAAGGAUCCUGCCAUAAUCCGGAGCCCGAAAACGCCAAACCCCGUCGUUGCUGUGCAGGAGAACGAGAGUGAGGAGUUCAUGCAAGAUCUGGCAUCAACCGCUCCAUCAACUUCGCCCAAGACGCCACGCUACAUGAACGCUCCCAACUCAAGCGAGGAGUUCAUGCGGGAUGUGGCAUCAAAUACUUUACCCAUCUCGCCCAGAACGCCACGCCGCAAGAAAACUCCAGAUCCAAACGCGACAGUUCCUUUCAGGACGUCUAGCGGCCGAAUCAUCAUGAUAACGCCAGAAAAGAACCGCAUUGCAAAGCUGCCGCUGGUCCCAAUCGCAGAUACUAUUGCCCACCCGAACGUGCCGCUCUUGUUCCGAAACUGGUGUCCAGGUGAAACCCAAAGCCCACUGACCGAGGACGGAUUUGUAGCGAAAAGGUUCGCCUACACGAAUAUCCCACCCCCGCCACCCCCGGUGCUUCGAAGUCGGCAUUUCCCGUGGGACUCCUUCGCCUCGCACCUCAAUGGGAGUCCGGUGACCAGCCCGUUCGUCUCGACAUCCUUCAACUUGCCGUGGAUUAUUCGGCAAGGCUGGGAGCUUGCUAAAAACGGGAGACAUGCGAACAUCUCCGUGAUCGAUCCUAGCUUGCUGUCCCGAGAGGCGAUGUUUCAUGUUCAGCCGUUUCAGGCAGCGCUAGCCCGGAAAUACUGUUUCGACGAUGGAGCAUGGAUGUACAAAGGACAGUACGAGAUGCUCGUCUGGGCCGGGAUUCCAAAAGAAGCCAUCACCUUCACCUUCCCAUUCCAAAAACUGGUCAAUCUUGCAAGUGCAGAUGCCGCCGUAGGCCAGAUCUUACGCCUCCAGCAACUCUCGUCGCCCUUCAGCUUCUCGACCAAAAUUCUGCCCGUCUUCAAGGCCCAAAGCCUGCCUUUGUCGUCGCCGAACGUCGUCGCCCUUGCUACGCUGUGUCGAACGCUGCGCAUCUCCGUCACCCGGCCCAAUGCAAUCAGCUGUCUGGUUAGCGAUGUCGUCCAAGGCUUCGCACUGAAACUCGAAUACCACACAAAAGCAGAAUGGGCGCGCCUAGCAACCACAUUCGCCAACGCAUUUUGCUCAAAGAACACGUUGCACUCCGAUUACGAAAAUACUCGCUGGGCAUUCCUAGACGGCUGUCGCUGGGCAACAGGGGAGCCUAAUGCUCGGCAGAAACCCAUGCAUUUGUCAAAGAUGUUGUCGCGCUCUGCGAAGAUUGGCCUUGCGUCUCCUGGGGAGAUAUUGAUGCAUGACAUUGACUUGGCGAGGAGGAGCGUGCAGGCUUUGGAGAGGGAGCAAUGGGAAAUGUCGCGAGGGGUUGUUGAGAGGGGCUUUCUGAUCGAGGAUGCACGAAGAGUUGAAGAACAGGUUGAUGAGAUGGAGGUCGAUGAAAUGGAAGUCGAUAUUGGCGACGUUGGCGUUGGUGGUGAGCAUGCUGGAAUUGUAUAUGAGCGGGACGACGAGGAGGAUGGUGACGGUGAUUACGACGAUAAUGGGAGCGUGUUUGAGCUUUGA